AUGACUACAUCACGGAAAGGCAAAGAAACGGAUCGAGGAACCCCGUCCAAGUCUUCUGCGAAGAGAAGAGUCGCCGACGAGGACACCACUACUUCCACGGCCUCGAAGAAAUCUCGAAUCUCCAUUGCUGAUCUCCUAUCCACUCCCUCGGCCCGCGAUUCGGAUGACAUCUUUCAGAAUAGGAAGCUUGAGGGAGUCAGCAACCAAGGAACAGGCAAGAUGGCAACGGCUACUUCUACGCCGUCGAAUACUUCGUUUGCAAACAUGUACAAGUUCACCUCCUCCAAGCCCUCGGCAAACAAUGUCAUGGAUUUGACGGGCUCGCCAUCUUCUCCUGAGUCUCCAAAACGAAAAACAUCAUUCGCGGCCCAAAGAACACCUUUCAAUCCCCAUCAAGGACCGAAGAAAUUGGUGGUCAAAAAUCUGCGGACGGUUCCCCGAGUCGAUCCUCAGGCAUAUUUUGAGCAAGUAUGGACACAGGAAGAUAAGGCUCUUGACGCAAUAUUCAGAAAUGAGAAAGAACCAUACUCCUUGGAAGAACUGUACAAGGGCGCCGAAAAUGUCUGCCGACAAGGAAAAGCAGCCGAGCUUUACAAGAGACUGGGUCAGAAAUGUGAGCAUCAUCUCACCAAUACGGUGAAAGAUGGCAUUCGUCGGGACGAGGCAAAAUCCUCAGACGUUGAAGUUCUCCGGACAGUCGUCCAUGCUUGGGCACAAUGGCAGAAGCAAUUGCUGACAAUUCGACAAAUCUUCUAUUACUUGGAUCAAACAUAUCUGUUACGAACGGCAGAGAAUCCAAACAUUACGGAGAUGGGAUUGAUUCAAUUCAGAUCAUCGGUGUUCUAUGACCAAUUCAUCAGACCAAAGGUCCUAACCGGAGUUGUGACUCUCAUCGACUCAGACAGGAAGGGCCCUCUUAACGAGAAAGAUACCAGCCUUUUACGCCAGUCGGUGGACGCAUUGCACGAAUUGGGCAUAUAUACCAGCGAAUUUGAGCCGGUUUUCCAUUCAGCCACCGAGAAAUACCAGAAAACAUGGCGAGAGACCGACGCCAACAAAGACGAUCUCGCAGACUAUGUCAAUAAUUGCACUGAUCUUCUGGCACGCGAAAUGACUCGCUGCGAUUUCCUCACACUGGACAGAAGCACCAGAACUGAUAUUUCAGAUCUUUUUGAUACUGUUCUGGUUGAAGAAGCAAUGGAUGUGCUCACGAAUGAGGACAGCAUUUUGGAUCUCCUCGAGGACGACAGAUAUGACGAAAUGGAACGGCUAUUUACUCUUCUCCAAAGAAAGACCCGUGGCGAUGCGAUCGUUCCAAGUUUCAGCAAGUAUGUGGAGACAGAAGGCUCUCUGAUUGUGUUUGACGAGAAGCGUGAACCGGAAAUGGUGAUCAGACUGCUUGAAUUCAAACGACGUUUGGAUCGUCUUUGCAAGUACUCGUUCCACGGUCACGAGACUUUAGGAAAUGCUUUACACAAGGCGUUUGAGUUGUUCAUCAAUAAGACCAAGAAGUCGCAGUCGAACUGGGAUACCGACAAUGCCAAGCCCGGAGAAAUGAUUGCGAAACAUGUCGAUCUUUUGCUCAAGGGCGGAGUAAAGGCUAUUCCUCGUCUUCAAACACAGAAACCGGAUCCGUCAAAGCCAGAGGAAGAUCACGAUUUCGACGAGGCUCUUGCAGACGAAGACGCGGAAAUCAAUCAACAUCUAUCGAAUGCCCUGGAUUUGUUCCGAUUUGUCCAUGGCAAAGCUGUCUUCGAAGCAUUCUACAAGAAAGAUCUAGCUCGUCGUUUACUAAUGGGGCGAAGUGCGUCUUUCGACGCCGAACGAAACAUGCUUACCCGGUUGAAGAAUGAGUGCGGUGCGGCGUUCACGCACAAUCUGGAGUCAAUGUUCAAGGACAUGGACCUCGCUCGUGAAGAAAUGAUGUCGUACAACCAACUUCUCGAUGAUCGAGGCACUAAAACCGGUCCCGAUCUCAACGUACAUGUUCUCUCCGCGGCCGCUUGGCCUACUUAUCCAGAUGUGGCCGUCAACAUCCCGCCCGCGAUAUUCAAGGUCAUGAACGACUUUGAGAAUCAUUACAAGUCCAAACACAGCGGACGAAAGCUCACCUGGAAACAUUCGCUUGCCCAUUGCCAACUUCGAGCAAAGUUCCCACGUGGCAACAAAGAACUCGUGGUCUCCGGUUUCCAAGCUAUUGUACUACUUCUUUUCAACGAUAUCCCUGCUGACAAGCACCUGUCGUACACCGAGAUCAAAGCGUCUACAGGUCUUGUUGACGCCGAGCUCCGCCGUACACUUCAGUCUCUUGCUUGUGCCAAGUAUCAAGUGCUCAGAAAACACCCGAAAGGCCGCGACGUCCAUGACACAGACACAUUCACCUUCAGUAGCACCUUCUCAGACCCCAAAAUGCGCAUCAAAAUCAACCAGAUCCAGUUGAAGGAGACAAAAGAGGAAAACAGGGAAACCCACCAACGAGUGGCUGCCGAUCGCCACUACGAGACCCAAGCUGCCAUUGUGCGCAUCAUGAAGAGUCGCAAGAAAAUUGGCCACAAUGAUCUCAUUGUCGAGGUCAUCAAGGCGACCAUGUCCCGAGGUGUUUUGGAUCAGACCGAUAUCAAGCGCAAUAUUGAAAAGCUAAUUGAAAAGGAAUACAUGGAACGCGAGGAAGGGAACUCUUAUUCUUACGUGGCUUAA